AUGUCGAUUCGGCAAGGCCUCAUUUCGCCGCCACUGUCCGGCAGGACGGACAAGGCGGAUCAGCCCCGCAUUCAGGACGCACACAAGUUCGUCAACGCGGUCGAUGUCUUCAGCCGCACAUCAUCAGCUCAGCAACCACAAGCGAGUCAUUUCCAGCAUCACAACCAUCUCCCGCACAACAUCCGCAGUCCCGUCAAGAAGCACGACGACCAUCUCUCGGAUGCGGAACGAGCUUCGCGUCCCCUCACACCACCUAUGAGCAAGGACGUGCGCCAUGAUCAAGAAGUCAACGAUGGCAACGACUACGCUAUGCGUCACCGGACCGAUUCGGAGGGCGACGUCGUCCAUGCUUCGGUUGCGGUUCAGCAAGCACAUGUGGAAGCGAUGGCUGACCAGCCAAUCUACCCUCAGCCGCCAGUGCCCAUAGCAGGGCUGAUGCCGGCUGUGUCCAUCCAUGAACGCUUCCACACUCUCAACCAGGGCAUUCCGUUCGAGUCGGACGACGAGCACAAUCCAUUCCUCGACCGUCGCCCGUCCGCGGCAUCCACCUCGACAUGUCGAGCUGCCGCUUCAGCUUCUCGUCCGCAUCACUCGCACCCCUACUACGACGAGUUCGACAGCGAUCAGGACGCUGAAGGCUCUGUUCACGAAGACGACAUGGAUCGUGAUUUCGACGGCGAGACCACACCCCGAGCGUCGUCUUCGCAGGCCACCACGCCACCUCCUCUCCGUGCUCGGGCCGGCACGCUGCGACCUGCUCGACCUUUCUCGGAACGCGUGAGCGUGGUCAACGAGCCAGUGGUUUCGACCAUGCCCAUUCGCGAUACGCCCAAGAACCCGUUCCUCGCAGGCGGACCAGCCGACAACGGCUUCCAUGGUCCCAACGGCCAUGUCGCCUAUCGGCGCGCCAAGCAGAUUCCCGGCAAGGAGCGUGGCAAGAUCGCGUACGUCUUCCGUGGCCAGAGGGUCACAUACGCCGAUCCAGAGUACGAUUCGGAGGAGGAUGAUUCGGAGGAGGAUCAACGUGCCAGGUCGAACGAGUUCAAUCCGUACUACAAAGCAGAGCGACCUCCGCGACUUCAGCCCAGGCUCCUCUUCCCGCCGACAGCGUCGACCAGCUCUUCCCUUCCGACGCAAGGGGACACACGGCGGGGUGCAUCGCUGCAAGCAAGGUCCAGUCAGAGCAGCAGCGCACGCAGCAACAGUCACGAGGGGCGGGACACGCAAGCGCCCCGCGUUGGGGGCGGGCUGUUUGCCGCGCAGAUUGUGGCGCAGAAACAGCACCACACGUCGGCGCCAUCCAGCUCGGCUAGACUACAGAGCGUCACACGCGACAGCGAUACCGCGGCGGCAGCGUUUGAGGGUCGUCAAGCCGCUAGAGAUGCGCUGCUGGCUCGUCUCGAUCACACAAACUGGAGCGACGAUGAUGAGGACCAAGACGCAGAUGAGCGCCAUCACAGCCACAGUCGUGCGCGAGGAGACAGCGUGGCCACAGUGGUGGAAGAAGAGCACCAAGUGGAGCGACAUGCGCUGUCACGCUCGCAAAGCCAGUGCAAGCGUCUGUCGGACGAGCUGCAACGAGGCCAUGCCGAGGAAGCGGAUGCGCUGGGUCGACCCAUGAAGCGCUCGCGUGCCUCGUACGCCUACUAG